GGAGACUGCAGCGAGCUGAGGUCCUGCGAGACAUGCAUAGCUGUCACCCACUCACACAACACCACAGGCUGUGUCUGGGUGGGCUGUGGGACCCACGAGGAGCCAGAAACAGGGAGCUGUGUGCAGAGAGGAGCAGCAACACGGGAAAACUGUGCAUUCUACAACACCAGCACCCUGUGCCGAGCCCUGAAGUCCCCCACAGAAGAGCCUCCACGGUCCCAUAGCAAGGAGCCAGUGACACACUCCACAAGGACCACCACCACCACCAGUGCCCCACUGACAGAUAGCCCUGAGUUUCGCCCACCUGGCUUUGACACUGCCAGCUUCAUCGGGGGCAUUGUGCUGGUGCUGAGCAUCCAGGCUGUUGCCUUCUUCAUCAUCAAGUUCAUCAAGUCAAAGGACAGCACCUACCAAACUCUGUAA